UUAAUUAAAUAAUAAUAAUAAAAAUAAAAAAGAACACGCCGAAAAUGGGAAGCGGAAGCCGAGUAUUGCUGUGUAAAUCAACAUCCUCGCUCGUCUUCUCUGGGUUCGCACCUGCUUUUGCUUGUUCUUGCUUUCAGCUCAGAUUCAAAUCCUUCCCUCCGUCACCGAAUAGCUCGAGAGCUCAGCAACAUCAUCGCAUGGCGGCCGAAGCUUCAUCUUCUGCAAAUGACGGCGCUGCGUCGCCUUCUCCUUCACCUUCUCCUUCUCCUUAUCCUUCUCCCGCCUCUGCUAUUGAUUUUCUGUCUUUAUGUCACAACCUCAAGAAAACGAAGAGAGCUGGAUGGGUGAAGAGAGAUAUAAUCAAUCCCGAAUCAAUAUCUGAUCACAUGUACAGAAUGGGUUUGAUGGCUCUUAUUGCUCCUGAUAUUCCCGGCAUUGAUAGAGCCAAGUGCAUAAAAAUGGCCAUUGUACAUGAUAUUGCAGAAGCCAUUGUUGGAGACAUAACCCCUUCUGAUGGGAUAUCUAAGGCACAGAAAAGUCGACAAGAGCGGGAAGCUUUAGACCACAUGUGCAAAUUGCUAAGAGGAGGGUUGGGAGCCAAUGAAAUCAAUCAAUUAUGGAUGGAAUAUGAGGAGAAUUCGUCACCAGAAGCCAAAAUUGUGAAGGACUUUGACAAGGUGGAGAUGAUACUUCAAGCUUUAGAAUAUGAAAAUGAGCAAGAGAGGGAUUUGGAUGAGUUUUUCCAAUCAACUGCUGUGCCCAAAGUAGCCUUUAACAGAACCGUCUAGGCUGGAUAUGUGGGUUUUACUGGCGCUGGACGCUCGGUGCCUUGGGCCGUCAUACCGUCGGACACAUCGGUGCCUGCUGGGUGUGUAAUAUAAUUGGGCAUAAAAGCCAUAGGAAUAAUCAUAUCGGAUACUUGAUGCCUGUUAAUGAUUAUUCAAGCAAUCAUAAAUAAGGGAUAACCAUAACAGACACUUGGUGCCUACCAAUGCUAUCCGAGCAUAGAAGCCAUGUGCAGUACUGCUAAUCUUAUCCUUUCUUAGCAUGUCAAUCUAUCCAACCCAUUAACUAUUGUCUAGGCGUACUCGGGCUAAUUUUUUAUCAUUAGCAAUUCAAUGUUCUCAUUAUUUAAUCAUUUAGGUAUCAUUCUUUUAUAAUUCCAUCAUAAUCUCAAUCAUCAUGGAAACAUAAGUCUCAAACACAAUUUCACAUGCCAUUCAUGCUUGACAUGUCAUGGCAUUAAUCAUAAUUUACAAUUUACACAAUUAUGCUUGCAUUUCAUAAAUUUCAGGUUUGGUAUCUCCACUUUUUUAAUAUAUUUGGUGAAGGUACAGUAGGAAUUAGGCCAUACCCUUUUCAUGAGAGUUAUAGAUCUAUGUCUUAUGUUCAUUUUGGCUUUAGAAUCAUUCAAUUUGCAUUUAUAUAGCUUGAGUUAUGACCAUUUUGCCAAAACUGUUCAGGUGACCAAUUUUCAGUUUUUAGGUCACUUCCAGAAUCAAGGCAGAUUUUUGGACUCAUUUUGUAAAGCAAAUUUGGAUAGGUUAUAGUCAUAAUUUGACAUCAUGUUCUUCAUAUGAAUUGUUCCCCUGUCUCAGGAUCACACAAGUUCAAAUAUUAUUCAAUUUGGAGUUUUGUAGAGUGAGUUAUGGUCAAUUUAGUGUGUA